AGGCGUUAGUCUUAUAAUAACAGUUUAAUAAUUGAGCGGAAAUUUCUUCUUUGUAGUGAAGUCGCAUGUACUAGAGCCGUCAAAAAAUAAAAUAAAAACGGAAAAUGGUACUUCAAAAUCAGGUUUUGAUCUUUGCUAAAAUUUUAGCUGUAUUUUUAAUGUUCACUGAAUCAACUAACGAUCACUUAUUUAUUAACAAAACUGAUGAAAUAGUCUGCGCUACUUAUUUUGAAAAGUGUGACAUUGCAUUCCCUACACCAUGUUGCAAUCAAAACCAUAAAUGUAGCCGUAUCGGAUGGGGUUCGUUACGUACAGACUUAAGGUGUCUACUACAAGCUUUUUUAGGAGAUUUUUGUGAAACUGAUUAUGAUUGUGGCAUCGUAAACCAUUCAAAGUGCUCGGAAGAUCAUAAAUGUGAAUGUCGACCCAAUUAUGCUACGAUUGGUAAAUCAUUAUGCUUAUCACAACAAAAUGGCUUUUGUUUAAGUAAUGAAGAAUGUACGGCACAAAAUUCUGUUUGCAUUAAUUCUAAAUGUGGAUGCAAAUUGAAUUUCAUAUUAGGGUCUGAAAAUAAGUGUGAACCUAAACAAUUGGAUACGUUUUGUAACUCAGAUGAGGAUUGUGCAAUAGUUAACCACGCAAAAUGCUCUAAAGAUAAAAAAUGUAUUUGUAGACCGAAUAAUGUUGUCAUCAAUGAAACUUGUGUGCCAAUGAUAAACGGAUUUUGUUGGGGUGGUGAACCCUGUGCAGCCGAAAAUUCUGUUUGUAUGAACCAAACUUGUCAAUGCAAAGAAGGAUUUAAAUUUAUUCCUGAUAAUUAUUGCGUGAAAACAUAUUUAGGAAUGCCUUGUCAGAAAAAUCAAGACUGUGAAGAAAUAAGAAAUGCAAAAUGUUCAGAAGACAAAGAAUGUGUUUGUGAACUAAACGCUAUUAAAUUAAACCAAUCAAUGUGUAUAUCACUGAUAAAUGGAAGCUGCGAAAAUGAUCAAGAAUGUGCACCAGAAAAUUCCAUUUGUAUGAAUAAUGAGUGUCAAUGUAAGCUGAACUACGUACCAACUCAUAAAAACCAAUGUGAGCAAGUGACUUUGGGAAAGCCAUGUGAAAAGACUUUAAACUGUAGAGACGUAUGGCACGAAACGUGCUCUGAGGAUAAACGAUGUGUUUAUGAACAUUGUUAUGUUGAUAAUUCUUACUGUCCAGCUUAUAAUUGUAAAUGUAGACCUAACUACAUAGAAAUAUCCAAAAAUCAAUGUGUGUUAGAUUAUUCGUUAACACCCUGUCAAAAUGACGAAGACUGCGGAGAUAUAAAGCGUCGAGAAUGUUCAGAACAUAAUCAAUGUGUUUGCAAGCCAAAUACCAUCUCUUUAUAUAACUCAAAAUGUGUACCAAUCAUAGGUGGAUUUUGUAUUAAUGAUGAAGAAUGUUAUGUCAAUAAUUCUGUUUGUAUUGACAAUCGAUGUCAAUGCAAGCUAAAUUAUUAUUUCUUAUCCAACUACUUAUGCGUUGAAAGUAUUCGUUGAAUAAUCUUACAUAUAUUUAUUUUCUGAGUGCAAUUUGUAGAUUAUAAAUCUUUUUUUUUUUAAGUGUAACAUCACUACUUUAUGUGACUGCUAUGUAAUUUACGCUACUAAAUUUUAGAUUAUCGGAAAAAAACGGAUCAUAAAGAAUAACAAUGAAUAGUUCAUCUAUCACGGCAUCAAUUUUUUGGGAGUAAAUUCUGCAACCUUAAAAUUUGAAAGAAUCUGUUGUUAUUAUAUUUGU